AGUCGAACAAGAAAGACCAGCCUAGGUCAAGACGGGUUUAUCCGCCCAUUUUCUUAUCAUGAGAGCCUUGAAAUCUCUAUCCAUCACACUGGCUCAAGGCCUGGGAGCAGCACAGCAGACGAGUCCAUCCAGUGAUCAAGACUGUCCAUUUGGAGGUUGUGCAAACAAACACGGCUCGUUCAAAAAUCAACAUUGGGUUCAAGUUUCCUACCGAAUUAAGAUCGUGAACCCCGCUCGAUCUUGCAAAUCCACCAUGGAUCAUCCGUCGGUGUUGGCUACUUUAAAAACCAUGAGGCCUGACUCUCGACCCGUCUCAGAAUCCACUAACAUCUUGGCCAUCCGAGACGAUAUCACCUAUAUUUGGAACGCCCAGCUCUCCAAUAUACUGGUGGUGUACAAUCCCACCCACAUCAAUCAGGAGGGACCGCCUUCUCAAGUCCUUACGCUCACCCAUACGCCCUUGUUCAAUGUAACGCGCCUGCUCAUUAGCCCUUCACAUCGUUGGUUGGUGUUGACCGGCAUGCGCGGGCUGACCUGCGUUGAGCUGCCCCGGCGCUUUGGAACAGGCGGGCGCUUUGGAAGCCAGAUCGCCCAUGCGCCAUUAAGUGUGCGCUCUUUUCCCGUGGCGCACCGGUUUUUCAUGAGCCAGAGCCGCACGCUUGUGCAAGAGUGCGCUUUCCAUCUCGGCUCCGUCUUAGAUCAACAUUUGGUCACAUUGACGUCGGAUAACCGCUUGAGAAUCUUCAAUUUAGAUGAGGAUCAUGAACACCCAGAGCAGGAUCUGAAUUUACAAGGCAAUGCCCGGAAUGGCUCGGGUUUUUUUGCCGAUGCCUCGUUGUCAGUGAGGGCCUCUUUGGGUGAGACGGCGGUGAGCUUUGCCUUUGCCCCACCAGGGGUGGGAGAAAAUCAAGGCCAUCUUUGGCCUCUGUUUAUUCUCCAAGGCAAUGGUCACGUUUACUUCAUGAUCACGGGGCUGGGCGAGCAUAAAGAUCACACCGUGGGACCCAUAGGUCCCUUAAGCAUGCUCCCCGAGUCAGACGACAACUAUGGAACUGAUUCUUGCGCCAUCAUGUGUCUGCAUCCUCAAAUAUCUUGUCCACCAUUACUGGUAAUUGCCACCAACAGCGGUCAUCUUUACCACUGCGUGGUGUUGAACAAGGAUCCCAAUCAGGACCCCGAUGAAGAUAACCGAAGUCAAAUCUCAGAGUGGUCCAAAAUUAGCCCUGGUGCCGAUCUGUCUCUCUACGUUUACGAGGCCGUCGCCCUGAACGUGGGCAUUUCCGCCGAUCUUGAUCUCAAUUCUAGUUUGGAGCAUCCCUUCGAUUAUCCCAUCCAGUUGCAUUGUGAUCCCACCACCCCAGCCCGUUAUUUUUGCUCACACAAAGCUGGAGUUCACGCCAUCGGAUUGCCCAUGAUCACACAACUGGCUGAAAUUGCGCAAGUGCCCGAUUCCGAAAGGGCUGUCCUUCCCACUAUGGAGCAAGAAUCCAUAGUCGAGCAUCUGAUCUGCACUCAGCCUAUUGCAAGGGUUGAAUCGGCCCCUAUUCUGGGUUUGUGUAUCCAAUACCCACCCACCCGGCUGGUGUGUCUUCUCUCGAAUUUCAGCCCUGUCAUCCUGAACUUGACUGCUCCAUACUUUGGGUCACCUCCACCGUUGUUGUCCUCUGGUGGGGGAGGUUCUCUCUCAGAAUCUGGGCGGGUAUCUCCGUUGCGAUCCAAAGACCGGGAUCGAGAGCCCUUUGAUAGCUACAUCAUGAAGAUCCUUCAACGUAAUGUGACCUUGCCGAAAUUGAAAACGGGUGAACAGACUCAACUCAGUGACCAAGAGUGUCUAUCGAUCAUUACACGGAGCACGGAGGUCCUUCGAGAUGAGUACAUUGGCAAAUUAGAGAAGGCUCGAACUGAAAUCGAGAAAAAAGCCACAUACUUGGCCAAUCUGAAGAAAUCCCAAAUGGUGUCAGUUCAAACUUUGGAGCAUCAAAAGCAAGGACUGCGCGAUAAAGCUGCCGAUUUAUCCGAGCGCUAUGAAGACCUCAAGGACUCUAAAGAGAAUCAAACCAAGAGACUCGAAAUCCUUCUCCAGCGGAUUCAAUGCCAAUUGCCUUUGAAUUCUGAUGCUGAAUUGAAGAUGCAGCGGAAGCUCGUGGAUAUUGAGAGACGAAUGCACGAUUUGCGCAAUUCCAUGGAACAAAUACGUUCCAAAGAAAAAUACCAAUUGAGGCAGAUAGAGCAAGAGAGACAGAACGACGAUUUCUGCAAAAGAAACUAUCAUCGAAACUCAGGUAGAGGGCUGGAGGAUAACCAAUUGAGCUCCGUGAAAGAUGUGCUUCACCGAGAUUCCAAGGACAUUGACGCUUUGGUGAAGAUCUUGAAAAAUGCCAAACGCGAUCUAGAUCUUUGAAUAUACGUACCUAUCUGACUCUCAAA